AUGCAAAAGAAGAUGGAACAUGAAGUGUUAAUGGACGAUAUGCAAACCAUAUCAGAAUCAGAUGACACAUACUGGGAAAACAAAUUGCCAAAUGAUUAUGAUGACAUAAUCAAAUGGUCAAAAGAUGAUGUGAAAUGGACAACAAAGAAGGAACUCUACUCUAUUCUUUGCAAAGGGUUCCUAAUGAGUAAUGGUCAAGGGUGGUUUUUUCUUGCUAAAAGUGGGAAGAGAUGUGUUAUGCUACCAGCAAGAUCAUCACUUCUAGAAAAACAGUGGAAUUGGAUGCAUCAAUCCGAAUCAAGUAUCGUCUGCAAGAUAAAAUCCCAAAUAUUGUCACCUGAAACAACAUAUGCAUGUUACCUAGUCUACAAACUACCACCAGAAAAAACCUCCGGUAGUAUAGAGUUUCCGUUAAAAGUGAAGGAUGCAAAUUUUCAUGAUGAAAGUGAUCGGGAAUAUUUCAAUAAUUUCCGGUCUAUCUAUUUACUUAGUCCUCAAAUCCCAGUUAUUAGACCAAGGGUUGAUCAGAAGUCACACAACCCUUUGAAUAGACCCAAACUGAAAGGCAUUCCACGACAAAAGGAUGAUGGUUGGAUGGAAGUUCAAGGAUUGGACGAAAUUCCGUCUGCUGGCCAGGAGACUUAUAUGACUUACUUUUCAAUGGCAUUGAAAGGGAUCAGUGUGCAAGGCAUUGAGUUUAGGCCCGAAUAA